GGAAAAUUUCUUUUACAUAAAUAUCGAGACAUGUCCCUUCUUAUUAAUCGAAUUUAUGAAUAGAUAUAUUCUACUGUAUUAUACUAUCAACUCAAUUGUAUAAUUAAAAGGAAUUUUAUAGAAAUAAGGAUAUAAAAAAAUAUGGCAUCGACUUGGUCUCCAACUACGACAUUUGUGUCAAGAACUGCAUUAUCAAGUGUAGAUCCAACUAAGCUUUCAGAUCUUCAAUCUGUAGCUUCAGCAGCAGCACUUCACUUAACUUCUGGUGUAAAUAGACAAAAUUUUGUCAGUUAUUCAAGAAUAUUAAGAGGAGCCGAAGCUUCCAUGACUAUUAUACAAGCUGAAGAUAUUCUUGCUACUGCUACAGAUUCAGAAGUUAUAGCUCAAGCAUCAGAAGCUAUAUAUGAUGCAACUUUGAAUAUUGUGGAUUUACGUUGGAAUGAAAUUCCAUAUAAUGUAUGGUCAUUAGUUCCAGCUCCAAAUUAUAUUUAUCUAGUUAUUUUUGCAUUAACUUUUGCUUAUACUAUGGGUAUGCUUUAUAAAUCAAGAUUUCAUUGGUAUAACGUUGCUUGGUCUUUAGGAUUGGUAUGUGAGUUAAUUGGAUUUAUUGGUAGAGUUUUAUCUAUUGGAGAUAUGACUAAUAGUAAUUAUUUCUUGAUACAAUUGAUUUGUUUAACUUUAGCCCCAGCAUUCCUUAUGGGAGGAAUUUAUUUCUUAUUCGCACAAUUAGUGGUUAUUCAUGGUAGACAAUAUUCAAUAUUGAAACCACUUUGGUACUCUUAUAUGUUUAUUGGAUGUGAUGUAUUAAGUUUAGUGAUUCAAGCUGCCGGUGGUGCUCAAGCUUCUAUUGCUUCAAACAAUUUCGAAAAUGCUAAGCCAGGAACUGAUACUAUGAUUGCUGGUAUUGCCUUUCAAGUUGUUUCUAUGUCAGUAUUCCUGAUAUUUUGGUAUUCUUUCUUAGUUAAAAUAUAUUUCAAAAAUGGUAAAUCCCAGGAUCUUGAAAAUACUGGUGAUCGUGUCUAUGAUAUUACCUACAAAAAAGCUUCAUUCUUAAACUUUUUUAGAUUAUUGUUUAAUGGUAAAACAGCUGCUAACUAUAAGGUUAAUCAUCUUGAUCAAUUUUAUAAUGCUAAGUUCCAUGAAAUGAGAAUUAGAAAGAUUUAUAACUUUUAUCCAUUGGCCAUCAGUAUUGCUGUUCUCUGUAUAUAUAUCAGAUGUGUUUACAGAGUUGUCGAAUUGGCCGAAGGAUUUGAUGGAUAUUUAAUUACUCAUGAAGUAUAUCUUAUGGUAUUGGAUGCAUUUAUGGUUGCUAUUGCUGCCUUAAUCUUUGUACCUUUCCAUCCACAACUUGUUCUUGGAGAUGCCUCACAAAUCAGUUUACAAGAUAUCAAGAAUAGAAGUGAUACUCUGCACCAUGGAGAAGACGAAGAGGAGGAGGGGGAUGCUCCUAUUGAAGGAGAAUCAAAAGAAUAUACUGGUGAAGAAUUGGAUGAUUUACAAGGGAGUAGCAGCGAGACUGUUGAUAUUCAAGUUCAAGCAGCAGAUGUCUUGGAGAAAUAGAUAAAAUAUCAUAACAUAAGUAUUACUAGAACAGUAUUACUAAACAAUCUUUUAGAGCUUGAUUUUAAUUCUAACUUACACUUUGCUAAGGUGUCAUUUAUAUGGUAUAUUUACAUAUUUAGUUAUCUUGUGCGAUGUUUACUUUUGCCUUACUUUUUAGUUAUCGAACCUUUUAUAUACGGAAUAGAAUGGGAUAGAACUUAA